AUGUCAUCAUCGUCGAACUAUAAAUUGAUUUAUUUCGCCGGCCGAGGUUUGGCUGAAACAUCACGCAUGUUGUUCAAAGCGGCUGGUCAAGACUUCGAAGAUUUUCGCUAUCCAAUAACAAUCAAAGAUGGGCAAUAUAUUCGACCAGAAUGGGACGCUGAUAAGCCAAAAUAUACGUACGAAAAAAUACCUGUACUCGAAAUUGACGGCGGUAAAUACACAAUUGCGCAAUCAAAAGCAAUUGAACGAUUCUUAGCUCGUCGUUUUAAUAUGUUCGGUAGCAAUGAUAUCGAAGCAGCUUUGAUCGAUGCGGCCGGUGAGCAAAUUCUUGAUAUCAAACAAGCUUACAACAAAGCUAAAACAACCGGUGGUGACGCUGUCAAACAGUUUUUCGAAAAUGAUUUAACGAAGACAUUCGCCAUUUUUGAAAAACAAGCAGGCAAAGAUAAAUCUGGCUAUUGGAUUGGUUCACGUUUAUCAUUGUUUGAUAUUCAACUUUACAAUUUAAUACACUUCUUCGAUGAUCAACAAAGUGUGCAAAAGGCGUUGGAAGAAUGUGCAGCAUUGAAAGCCAUCCAUGACAAAGUGGAACAAACACCCGAAAUCAAGAAAUGGCUUAGCGAAAGGCCUGAUUCAAUGUUUUAA